CAAGCCAAGCGCCCAAGCCAAUGUAGCGCUGCAGAUAAGGUUUUGGAUUGGACCAAGCAUAGGCUCGACUUGAACCAAGAACAAGGUACGUAGGAGCAAUCCAAAGCACCCAUUGCACGCUUCUGCAUUGCAGAGGUAGUAGCAAGGAGGAUCAGCAAUGUCUUCCCCUCCGCCGCCUCCGAUGUCCACUCUGCACAAGUGCUGCUCGUCGCCGUCGCAGCCAUCACCUAAGCUACCGCCUAAGCUGCAGCGAGCUCCGGACAGCAGGCACAGGCCUAUCUGCGGCGGAGCCAGGCUGUCGGUCACCAGGAGAGCUCACGCCGCCUCCCUCCUCCUCCUCGGCCUGGCGGGCGGUGCGGUGCCGGCGCCGGUCAGGGCGGCGGAGGACGACGGGAGCAGCGGAGGGGAGGGCGUCCUCGGCGCCAUCAAGUCCAUCUUCGACCCCAACGAGACGACCAAGGCCGGGAAGGUGCUGCCCAAGGCGUACCUCAAGGCGGCCAGGGAGGUGGUGCGCACGCUCCGCGAGUCGCUGGAGGAGGACGACGGUGGCGACAUGGCCAGGUUCCGCCGCAACGCCGACGCCGCCAAGGAGUCCAUCAGGGCGUUCCUGGGCGGGUGGAGGGGCCAGCAGGCCGUCGCCGACGAGGAGUCGUACGUCGCGCUGGAGAAGGCGAUCAGGUCGCUGGCCGAGUUCUACUCCAAGGCAGGGCCGUCCGCCUCGCUUCCACAGGACGUCAAGAACAAGAUCCUCGAUGACCUCAGCGCCGCAGACGCCUACCUGUAGAUUUUGCUUCUCCUCAGGGACAUUGUAUUGCAUUGCAUGCAACGCACAUCUCAAACGAUGAUAUGGUUUCGCUCUAGUAUAAUGACCCGCAAAAGCUUUCCUUCA